UACGUGACCCUGAUUAGAGCGAACCAGGUGUGUUCCAAGACUAGAACCCCAUGUGCAUUAUCUUUGACCUAUUUCCACAUUUCUCCUGCGAUAGGUAAUUUAAACGUAUAAAUGUGUCAAUGGAAUUAGAACAACCAUUCUAAGUUCUAUAGCCGAAGAAAGAACAUUCAAAAUGUCCCGCUACGCAGUAUUUGUGUUGUGCGCCAUGGCUUUCCUGGUCCAGGCCGUGCUUAGCCAGCAGUGCGGUUGCAAUCAAAUUUCUUACGGCAAGUCCGGAGGAAUCAGCUCGAGUUCGUCCAGCAGCUCUAGCAAGAGCGGGUCCAGCUACGGCUCCUCCGCGUCGUACGGCGGCGCAGGCACCGGACAGGUCGGCGUGUCCGGCGAUAUCGGCGCGAGCGGCACCACCGUCGUCGUCGGUUCCGUGCCUGUGCUCGGCUCGGUCACGUUCGGCGGCAAGGCGCCCGCGUCCGGCUCCGUCUCCAUCUCCGGACAAUGCGGAUGCAGUUGCAAAGCUUAACCUUUUCGCUUGGAAAAUUAUAGCAGCAGGAUGUAUAUAUAUGAUUUAUUAUCGACAGAAGGUUUUAAUUCCAACAAUUCUAUCAUUAUGUUUGCUAUCUGAAACGUAAAUAUAUGGCAUUUCUUUGUAAUAAAAUUGUGCAGCAGUUA